GUGGCGUCACCAUGGAAACAAAUCUAAUCACUUCCUGACAACUAUCCCAGUGUCCUCUGUGGUAAAAAAUGUCGAGUUUAAGCCGGCUGAGUCAACAUCAGGCUCUGCCCUCUGACUGUGGAUAAUAUAACGGAGCAAAGGUUAUUACUGCUGCAGGACGGAAACAAUGCUGAGGACCCACCCACCUCCGGAGCUACUACUCUCUGCUGCUCUCUGCUCGUCUCUUCCUGGAUCUCAAGUCCGCAGCUGAUAAGUUUUAAAGAUGAGCUACCCAGGAUACCCUCCUCAGUCCGGUGGAUACCCACCACAGGCAGGAGGCUACCCACCUCAGCCAGGGGCAUAUCCACCCCAGGCAGGCGGCUACCCACCAGCAGCAGGCGGCUACCCCCCAGCAGCGGGUGGCUACCCUCCAGCAGCAGGCGGCUACCCCCCAGCAGCAGGAGGCUACCCCCCACAGGCAGGCGGAUACCCACCUCAGGCCGGCGGAUACCCCCCCGCAGCAGGCGGUUACCCUCCAGCAGCGGGGGGCUUCCCCCCUCAGGCUGGGGGCUACCCUGCUCCAGCUGGAGGCUUCCCUCCUCAGGCAGGAGGAUACCCAGGACAGUCUGGAGCAGGAGGUUAUCCCUCCAUGCCUGCAGGCGGAGGUUGGGGUGCAGCGCCAGGCGGCCAAGGACCACCAGGAGGGGCUCAGCAGGGAUACCCAGGGGGCCCCGCCCCCGGCCAGCCCAUGCCAAAUUACCCAGGAGCCCCCGCAACUAGUCCACAAAUGCCCGCAUAUGGAAGUGGAGUUCCGUCCAACCCUCAGGCACCUGCCAUUUCUAAAGGAUACAGGGGUUCUAUUAAAGACUUUCCUGGGGCCGAUCCACUCAGGGAUGUUGAGGUUCUUCGAAAAGCCAUGAAGGGUUUUGGCACUGAUGAAAACGCCAUUAUUGAACUUCUGGGAAGUCGUACCAACAAGCAGAGGGUUCCAAUGGUAGCAGCCUAUAAAACCACUUAUGGAAAGGAUUUAAUCCACGAUCUGAAGUCUGAGCUCACUGGAAACUUUGAGAAACUGGUUCUCUCUAUGUUGAAGAGCCCUGCACACUUUGAUGCAUCUGAAUGCAGGGAGGCUAUAAAGGGUGCAGGAACUGAUGAAGCGUGUCUGAUUGAGAUUCUUUCAUCACGCUCCAAUGCAGAAAUCAAUGAAAUCACCAGAAUCUACAAAGCUGAGUACGGGAAGAGCCUGGAGGACGCCAUCAUGGGCGACACAUCAGGUCACUUCCGCAGACUGCUGGUCUCUCUCUGUCAGGGAAACCGUGACGAAAGGGAGACUGUUGACAUCUCACUGGCCAAACAGGACGCUCAGAAACUGUAUGCUGCAGGGGAAAAUAAAGUUGGAACUGAUGAGUCUCAGUUUAAUGCCAUCCUGUGCGCUCGCAGCAGGCCUCACCUCAGAGCAGUCUUCCAGGAGUACCAGCAGAUGUGUGGGAGAGACAUUGAGAAGAGCAUCUGCAGGGAAAUGUCUGGCAAUGUGGAGUCUGGCAUGGUGGCCGUGGGUACGCUCUUUGGGUUUUCUUUUCUAAACCUCGACCAAACUGAAGUGGCUUUCCAAAAACAUGUUGAAGCUUUAAAUAUAUGUGGAAGACAUUUGUCAAGAUGUUGAUUUGGAGGGGCUUUCCUGGAAGGACUAAAAAUAUUGUGCAAAUGCAAACAGGCUGCUGUUUGACCAAAAUGUCUUUUUUAAUACAUGAUUGAUCAAAAGCAAAUGAUGGAUUGUCUUUUUA